GUUUCUGUGAAAAAUUUCGGUGUGGUCCAUCCGAUAUACCAAUGCAUAACAGUGUUGAGGUGCCUGUACCAAAAGCAAUUCCUGCCAGAAGUGUGGAAAAAGCUAGACACACUUCAGUCCCAUUGCGAGGAAAGGAAAGGGACCCAAAAAUACGAACAGGAAAAAGUCACUAUAGCACAGUUCAUCUUGAGGUUUUUCAAACUAGCCAACGUUUUUACAGAGGAGGAAAUCAUGAGAGUCUGUGGAAUCGUAAUGAUCAACUCCCAUGAAGUGCCUCUUACAGAGCCUCCACACGUAGCCAUCUACGAAUCCACCUCGAUGUUUGAGCACAAUUGCAGUGCGAACUGCACCAAAAGCUUCACGAAUAAAGGAGGAGUCUUGGUAGCGGCUGGAACGCACAUAAAAAAAGGGGACAACCUGUGCAUCUGCUACACGGAUCCUCUCUGGGGAACCUCCAAUAGGAGACACCACCUGUAUCAGUCAAAGUUUUUCUGGUGUAACUGUAAGAGGUGUCAGGAUACGACGGAGUUUGGCACUUUCUUCAGCUCGCUGAAGUGUCAAAACAG